UCCUGCUGGAGGAAACUAGGAGGUCGGGCGGGGGCCCAGCAGAGGCAGAGCUGACAGCGGCCCGCCGCCAGGGCUGACCCUCUCAGAAGCACUGGGCCUUAGGGAGGAGCCAGGGGUGCCAGAGGCCUGGAAUGAGGAGUGUGGUGGAGAGGAGGCGCAGUGGGCCCGAGGCCUGGGACCUUGCCAUGGAAUCCAUGUUUGAAGAUGACAUCAGCAUCUUGACCCAGGAGGCCCUGGGGCCCAGUGAGGUGUGGCUGGACGCCCCAGGAGACCCCUCACUGGGGGGUGACAUGUGCUCAGCCUCCCACUUUGCCCUCAUCACGGCCUACGGGGACAUCAAGGAGCGGCUGGGAGGCCUGGAGAGGGAGAAUGCCACGCUCCGCCGCCGCCUCAAAGUCUACGAGAUCAAGUACCCGCUGAUCAACGACUUUGGAGAGGAGCACGGCUUCUCUUUGUAUGAAAUCAAGGAUGGCUCCCUGCUGGAGAUGGAGAAAGUCAGCCUGCAGCAGCAGCUCAACCAGUUUCAGCAUGAGCUGCAGAAGAAUAAAGAGCAGGAAGAACAGCUCGGGGAGAUGAUCCAAGCUUACGAGAAACUCUGUGUGGAGAAGAGCGACCUGGAGACAGAGCUGGGGGAGAUGCGGGCCCUGGUGGAGACCCACCUGCGGCAGAUCUGUGGUUUGGAACAGCAGCUGCGGCAGCAGCAAGGCCUCCGGGAGGGAGCCUUCCCCAGCCUGAGCCCCCCGCCUGCCCCCGCCCCGCCCUGCGCUGACCUGGACCUGCACUACUUGGCACUGAGAGGAGGAUCUGGCUUGAGUCAUGGCUGGCCAGGCCCCACACCAAGCAUGAGUGAGCUGGAGCGGCGACAGCUGGAAGAAGCUCUAGAGGCUGCCCAGGGAGAGGCCCGGGGGGCUCAGCUUCGGGAGGAGCAGCUCCAGGCUGAGUGUGAGAGGCUGCAGGGGGAGCUGAAGCAGCUGCAGGAGACCCGGGCCCAGGAUCUGGCCUCCAACCAGUCCGAGCGGGACAUGGCAUGGGUGAAACGAAUUGGGGAUGAUCAGGUGAAUUUGGCACUGGCUUACACGGAGCUGACAGAGGAGCUGGGCCGACUUCGCGAGUUGAGUUCCCUGCAGGGGAGGAUCUUGAGGACUCUGCUGCAGGAGCAGGCCCGGAGUGGCGGCCAGAGGCAUUCGCCGCUGUCGCAGCGCCACUCCCCAGCCCCCCAGUGCCCCUCACCAUCCCCGCCUGCCCGAACUGCGCCCCCAUGCCCCCCCUGCCAGUCACCCGCCCCACAGCGCCGCUCUCCCGGACCCCCGUGCCCCUCGCCCCAGCAGCGCCGCUCGCCGGCCUCGCCCUCCUGCCCGUCGCCCGUCCCGCAGCGCCGCUCGCCGGUGCCGCCGUCUUGCCAGUCCCCCAGCCCGCAGCGCCGCUCACCAGGGCCCCCCACCUGCCCGGCUCCGCAGCCCCGGCCCCCGCCGCCGCCGCCGCCGCCGCCGCCGGGGGAGAGGACGCUGGCCGAACGCGCCUACGCCAAACCGCCCAGCCACCACGUGAAGGCCGGCUUCCAGGGCCGGCGCAGCUACUCGGAGAUGGCCGAGGGCGCGGGCUACGCGGGCGCCUCCCCGCCCUGGCUGCAGGCCGAGGCGGCCACGCUGCCCAAGCCGCGGGCCUACGGGGGCGAGCUCUACGGCCCCGGCCGGCCGCUCAGCCCGCGGCGCGCCUUCGAGGGCAUCCGACUGCGCUUUGAGAAGCAGCCGUCGGAGGAAGAGGAGUGGGCUGUGCCCGCCAGCCCGCCCAGCCCGGAGGCGGGCACUAUCCGCUGCGCUUCGUUCUGUGCAGGCUUUCCCAACCCGGAGUCGCCGGCCACCACGGCCUACGCCCACGCCGAGCACGCGCAGUCCUGGCCGUCCAUCAACUUGCUGAUGGAGACAGUGGGCUCUGACAUCCGCAGCUGCCCCCUCUGCCAGCUGGGUUUCCCUGUUGGGUACCCAGAUGAUGCCCUCAUCAAACACAUCGACUCCCAUCUGGAGAACAGCAAGAUCUAGGGUGCCUCGCCCACCCCACUGGCUGUUUCUCUGCCCUUUCCCAUCACCCCCCAUACACUCACUUUGAAUGCUGCAUGAAUCUCGUGGGGGGCCCCUGCCCCUUGCGAUCCCCAGAUACCUCCACUAGCUACCAAGUCAACGUGUGUGCCGUCUUCCCUGGUCCAGGCACCACUCAGCCCUGGCUCUUUCUGGGAGGUCAGCUGAGGUUUCCGCUGGGGAGUGGGGAUCUGGGCUGAGAUUGGGAGAGGCAUACCCCUCAGCCUCUCCCUCUGCCUUUCUGUUCUCAUACAGGGUUGGAUCCAAGAAGGUGUCUAGUGCUUAAGCCUGGGGGAGGGGGAAGGUAUCAAAGGACUCCAGGAGUUCCCCCAGCCCCUCCCCAGAUGUCCCUCUUUCUCGGGCUGUGCUCUGUCCCGGGAGUGCCUCCCUGAGGGGUCCCAGAGCCUGCCUAGCACACUGAUGCCAGUUCUUCCACCCCCUGGCUGGCUCAGAGCUCAUGGCAUGGACCCCCACUGAGGGAAGGAGAUGUCUUGUUUCUUGCCAUUCCUUGCAGACCAGCCCUUUUCCCCCCUGUGCCCAGCUUGGGGAAUGGGAAGGUGGGAGAGGACAGGGAGGACCCUGGAGAGCUGGGAGGAUCCAGCCUAAAGAGGCUGCCAUGAAGGCUGGGGGGCCCUGUGCCAUGACCUUCAGACCAGGGGACCAUGUGUGCCAGUCUUCCAGGCCCAUGCCCUGUCCCUGGAGCCCCUAGCACCAAGGCACAGAUUGUUAAGACAAUUGCUCACCUCCACCCUUAACCCACUCAAGCCCCUUACACCACGGGUGCCCUGGAGCCCAUGUGUGACUUAGCCUCUGUUAGCUGGGUGGGUGUCAUGAGCCCUGCCUCCUGGGCCAGAGCCUGAGGAUGGGCCUAGGGUGCUGUGGAGAUCAACUUCAAAGGAGCUAACCACCCCCACACCCCAGCGACCCCCAUUCCCUCUGUGAAAUCUACCUCAGAGUCAUACCCUCAGAAGGAUGGGUAAGCAGGAGGCCAGGGGGUCCAUAGGGCUGAGGUGGGGAGCUUCCUACGGCAAGAGCCUGCUGCCCCACGAGGAAUCCAACCCCCUCCGCUUCAAGCCUCUCCUGGGUCUCUGCCCUGAGGAGGGGCAGUGGACACUACUGUCAGUGCAUGUACCAUUCUGAUCCAACUCUUCCAGGCCCCCCACCUCCUCACACCCCUCCCCUCCUCCCCAGUGCAGGGGAGUGAAGGGGUGUGCUGGGCGGGGAAGGGUCGAGGACUCCAGAGAGACAUGGCAUUGUACCUUGAGUGUUCCCUCAGGAAGGGGAAAUGAAGAAGGGGGCCUGGAGAGGGGAGGGGGACUCCUGAGCUCUCUGCACAAGUUGAACGUCCAAAUAAA